AACAUUAACAUCGCAUAUUCUUUGUUUCGACAUGCGCGAGAUAGUUCAUAUACAGGCUGGUCAAUGUGGUAACCAAAUUGGUGCCAAAUUCUGGGAAGUUAUUUCGGAUGAGCAUGGCAUCGAUCCGACUGGGACAUAUCAUGGUGACUCAGAUCUACAACUUGAGCGAAUCAAUGUUUACUACAAUGAAGCAUCCGGUGGAAAAUAUGUUCCGAGGGCUAUCUUAGUGGACUUAGAACCAGGCACCAUGGAUAGUGUCCGUGCAGGACCUUUCGGCCAACUUUUCCGUCCUGAUAAUUUCGUAUUUGGUCAAAGUGGCGCUGGGAAUAAUUGGGCCAAAGGCCAUUACACAGAAGGAGCAGAACUUGUAGAUUCUGUCUUAGACGUCGUAAGAAAAGAAGCGGAAUCUUGUGAUUGCCUUCAAGGAUUCCAAUUGACUCAUUCGCUCGGUGGUGGUACAGGUUCUGGUAUGGGAACAUUGUUGAUCUCAAAAAUUCGUGAGGAGUACCCUGAUCGGAUUAUGAAUACAUUUUCGGUCGUUCCUUCACCAAAAGUGAGUGGUUAUAUAAUUUUGACUAAUCAGAUAACUAUCUCGCCUAAAGUUUUCCUACAAGAAUCUAUUCUUAAUUUAGGAAUGGAACAUUGUGUUUCAAAAAGUUCCGUCGCUCAUCGAGUGUCAGGUCUUGUCAACUUUCGUCAGCGUUACUCUGCUCUAUUUUUGUCAUACACUGGUUUUGUGUUUCUAGGACAUCCUAGAUUGGUCCUAUCCAUAUUGCGCUUGGAUGGCAGCUUCGAAAAUGAUUAGCUUUUAUGAUAAGUAUAACUUCAAAGAGUACCUACAUGCGUACAUUUCUUGAAAUUCAUGCCAGGUUUUUUUAAUUUGAUUUUUAGGUGUCCGAUACUGUUGUUGAGCCAUAUAACGCGACGUUAUCCGUUCACCAACUAGUUGAAAAUACUGAUGAAACAUAUUGCAUUGAUAAUGAAGCACUUUAUGACAUCUGCUUCCGAACAUUGAAACUUACAACCCCGACAUACGGUGACUUAAAUCAUCUGGUCAGCGCAACAAUGUCUGGAGUCACUACUUGUCUCAGAUUCCCAGGACAGUUGAACGCCGAUCUUCGGAAAUUGGCCGUGAAUAUGGUUCCAUUUCCACGUCUGCACUUCUUCAUGCCUGGUUUCGCACCACUUACUAGUCGUGGUAGUCAACAAUAUCGUUCACUCACGGUUCCUGAACUGACUCAACAAAUGUUUGAUGCGAAGAACAUGAUGGCUGCAUGUGAUCCGCGUCAUGGGCGUUAUUUGACAGUCGCGGCUAUUUUCCGUGGUCGUAUGUCCAUGAAAGAAGUCGACGAGCAAAUGUUGAAUGUUCAAAACAAGAAUUCCAGUUACUUCGUUGACUGGAUUCCAAAUAAUGUCAAGACUGCUGUCUGCGAUAUCCCACCCCGUGGACUAAAAAUGUCUGUGACAUUUAUCGGGAAUAGCACUGCCAUCCAGGAGCUGUUUAAACGUGUUUCCGAACAGUUCACGGCUAUGUUCCGCCGAAAGGCUUUCUUGCAUUGGUACACCGGUGAAGGUAUGGAUGAAAUGGAGUUUACCGAAGCAGAAUCUAAUAUGAACGACCUAGUAAGCGAGUAUCAACAGUAUCAAGAUGCAACCGCCGAAGAAGAAGGUGAGUUCGAAGAGGAACUUGAAGAUGCAUAAAACAAUACUCCAAUAGUUGUUCUGCUUAUUACUUUCAAUAAAUUACCGUUUUUUGGUU